AUGGCGAAGUUUUCUAAUAGUGCCAUAGUUCUCCUAAUGCUGCUCAUCGCAGCAUGGAGGACGACGCCGGUGAUGUCCCAUGCCAAGCCGACCAAGCCAGCGGAGCCGGAGCUAGACUAUGGACCCAGCUCCGGACGCCGGGUGAAGAAUGAGAAGGCGGCAAGCACGCCAACACCAGAUCCGGACUUUACCAAGGCGGCUGGUGAGGCUACACUUUUGCUCAGGGCCAAGCAAGAAAUGUCAAAGCGCAUGGUGAAGCACAUAGAGGGCAUCGUCGCAAACGUGAGAUUCGCGCUCCAUCUGAAACUGAUGCUGCUGAUCAAGUCGGCGGAGUUCAUGAGGGCCAUGGCCGGAGAGGUCGCGGAGCAGAUGACCAUACUUGGCAAGCAACACGCUAGUGUUGCCGCCGCCGACAUCAUUGCAGCGCUCAGGCUUCAGCAGGAGAUUCUUAAAAAGACCACGGAACGUUGCAAGGCUAUCUCCACCGAUGCUGCAAUGGCACAGAAGGCCAAGAUUGAGAUGUUGAAGGGCGUGGCGCACAACCUCUGCACGGUUGCAGGAGACAUAGCCAUCAGCAUGUCAUCGCUAGCUGAGGUUGCAGCAGGAGUGUCUGGUCGGGUAGUAGUUGGUGUCGAUAUCAAUGUUCGUACUGAUAUUGAGGCUAAAGCUCUGGCUAAAGUUGAAGCUGAAGCCGUUGCCGAUGCUCAAGCUCUGGAUAAAGCUGAAGAUGAAACCGUAGCUGCGGCUGGAGGAGAAGCUAAAGCAAGUAAGAGCAGCAGUGUCAGCGCAGGUGGCGAUGCUGGAGGAUAUGCAGGCGGCAAAACUGAUGCUGAUGCAACUGCUUCUGGUGGCGGGAAGGCAGGGGUCGAUGCCGGUGCUGGAGUUGGUGGUGAUGCAAGCGUUUCUGGAGGCGCAAAGAUUGGAGGUGGUGUAGCUGCAGGUGCAAAAACUGGCGCUGAUAUAGGAGGAAAUAUUGAUGGGGGUGCUGACGCUAGUGCUGGAGCUGGUGCUAAUGCCAAAGCCAAAACUGUUGCUAAGGGUAAAGCAGGUGCACGUGCUAAGGCUGGUGUUUCUGGGGGUGCUAGAAUUGGUGGUGGCAUCCACUUCUCUGCAGGUGCUAGAAUUGGUGGCGGCGUUAAAGGAAAAAUUGGUGGAAGCGGCAAAGCCAAAGCUGGCGCCGGUGGCAGUAUCUCAAAGAGUGCUGAAGUAGGUGGAGAAACUGGGGGAAAUGUUGGUGGGAGUGGCAAAGCUGAAGCUGGUGCCAAUGCUGAUAUUGGUGCUACUGUGGGUGAUGGUGUCUCUGGAGGUGCCAAAGUUGGUGGUGGCAUUGGAGGAAAGGCAGGAGGGAAUGGAAAUGCAUAUACUGGAGCUGAUGCCGGUGCAGGUGUUUCAGGUGGAGGAUCUGGUGGCGCCGAUGCUGAUAUUGGUGCUACCGUGGGUGCUGGUGUCUCUGGAGGUGCCAAAAUUGGUGGUGGCGUCAAAGGAAAUACAGGAGGGAGUACUGGAACUAGUGCCGAUCACAGUGUUUCGGUGGAGGAUCUGGUGGUGCCGAUCUUUGGUAUUGGUGCUACUGUGGGUGCUUGUGUCUCCGGAGUGGCGUCGAUCUUUGGUAGUGGUGCUACCGUGGGUGCUGGUGUCUCCGGAGGUGCCAAAAUUGGUGGUGGCGUCAAAGGAAAUGCAGGAGGGAGUAUUGGAACUAGUGCCGAUGCAGGUGUUUCCGGUGGAGGAUCUGUUGGUGCCGAUGCUGGUAUUGGUGCUACCGUGGGUGCUGGUGUCUCCGGAGGUGCCAAAAUUGGUGGUGGAGUCGGAGGAAAUGUAGGAGGGAGUGGCAAGGCCUACACUGGAACUAAUGCCGAUGCAGGUGUUUCCAGUGGAGGAUCUGGUGGCGUCGAUGCUGGUAGUGGUGCUACCGUGGGUGCUGGUGUCUCCGGAGGUGCCAAAAUUGGUGGUGGCGUCAAAGGAAAUGCAGGAGGGAGUAUUGGAACUAGUGCCGAUGCAGGUGUUUCCGGUGGAGGAUCUGGUGGUGCCGAUGCUGGUAUUGGUGCUACCGUGGGUGCUGGUGUCUCCGGAGGUGCCAAAAUUGGUGGUGGCGUCGGAGGAAAUGUAGGAGGGAGUGGCAAGGCCUACACUGGAACUAAUGCCGAUGCAGGUGUUUCCGGUGGAGGAUCUGGUGGCGUUGAUGCUGGUAGUGGUGCUACCGUGGGUGCUGGUGUCUCCGGAGGUGCCAAAAUUGGUGGUGGCGUCAAAGGAAAUGCAGGAGGGAGUAUUGGAACUAGUGCCGAUGCAGGUGUUUCCGGUGGAGGAUCUGGUGGUGCCGAUGCUGGUAUUGGUGCUACCGUGGGUGCUGGUGUUUCCGGAGGUGCCAAAAUUGGUGGUGGCGUCGGAGGAAAUGCAGGAGGGAGUGACAAGGCCUACACUGGAACUAAUGCCGAUGCAGGUGUUUCUGGUGGAGGAUCUGGUGGCGUCGAUGCUGGUAGUGGUGCUACCGUGGGUGCUGGUGUCUCCGGAGGUGCCAAAAUUGGUGGUGGCGUCAAAGGAAAUGCAGGAGGGAGUAUUGGAACUAGUGCCGGUGCAGGUGUUUCUGGUGGAGGAUCUGGUGGUGCUGAUGCUGGUAUUGGUGCUACCGUGGGUGCUGGUGUCUCCGGAGGUGCCAAAAUUGGUGGUGGCGUCGGAGGAAAUGCAGGAGGGAGUGGCAAGGCCUACACUGGAACUAAUGCCGAUGCAGGUGUUUCCGGUGGAGGAUCUAGUGGCGCUAAUGCUGAUAUUGGUGCUACCGUGGGUGCUGGUGUCUCUGGAGGCGCCAAAAUUGGAGGUGGCAUCGGAGGAAAUGCGGGAGGAAGUGGUAAUGCCGUUGCAGCUGGAGGAGCUAAGGCUGGAGGGAGCAAAUCAUCAGGGGGUGGGUCGGAUUUUGGCUAUGGUGCAUCGAGCAAGGAAUUAUAG